GUUAUAGCUUUAAGAUUCUUGAGAGCAUUUAUUAUCGAUGAGAUAAGGCCGAAUCCAUCAAUAUUUUCUUUGUCGACCAUCAUCUCAACAGUUCUCUUGACGAUACAUCAUUCAAUCAUCGAUAGGAUGUUGCGACAAUCUCUACUUAUGUUAGCGAUGCAGGCUGUGUCCAUGUUUCAUGGCUAUGAAGUCGGCCUACUCCUAAACGCUGCCAGUCCGGAAACAUCAGCUGCCAUCAGGAGACUCUCCGCUUUCACUGUGACACAGCUAGACCAAUCCAGCACUACUGUUCAUCUCCAGGAAGUGUCUUAUGAACCAACUUAUCUCAGUAUUAUGCAGAGUAUCUGCUCACUGCUGGAACGAAACGUUGUAGCAAUACUUUCUGCGUCAGGUUCCACUUUGACAAAGGUACAAGUUAACAUAGCUAGCCAGUUUAACAUCCCUAUUAUUUCUGGUACAGCUACGAAUCCAUUUCUGGAAUCUGCAGGCAGUGGAAAAGUUGAUAUAGUUCGACUUUCACCCUCAGAUAUCUAUCAAAGUCAAGCUGUAUUUGACUUGCUGAAGACGUACAAAUGGCACCAGUUUUCAAUCCUUGCCUCGGCCGAUGACUACGGUAUUGACGGGGUAGUACAAUUGCAGCAUCUAGCUUCGCAGAGUGGCAAAUUCAAAACGAAUACCGUUCAGUAUUUUAAUGCUGCACUUGACGUAGCCGACAUUAACGUGGAUAUGUUCACUAAAGAACUUACGCUGAUCAAAGACUCACUGGAAAAAGUUAUCGUUCUAAACUGUGGUACCAGAUUCGCAGAUACCAUCGUCAGGGAGGCACAUAAAAUGGGGUUGAUGGAGGAGGGAUUUGUUUGGAUCGCCACGGACGGUGUUGCAGCCCAGCUUGAGGUAACAACUAACGAGGAUGGUAUGUAUAGUGGGUACCUAGCGACAUUGCCCAAUUAUGGUAAAGAUUCGGAGAGCUACAAUGAUACCAAAGCUGCUUAUGUUUCUGCAGGAGGUGAUCCUUCUGAUUUCCGUUUAUCGUCUGUUAAAGUUUCAGACGGAAUAAAGUUAGUUCACCGGGCACUAAGUAAGAUGGACUUAAAGGGUAGUUGGGACAGUGAGCCCUCUCAAACCUGCGAUUCGAGUGAUGCUUGGCUUGGGGGAAUAGAAGUUUUUGAUGAAAUAAUGAGCCUUCCCAACGGGAUUGCAAAUCCCACUUACGAUGUCAUGAAUUUCAAUUUUAGGGCCUUUGUGAAAGUAGGGAGUUGGCAAGAAACCGUAGGACUGGUUGCUCCAGACAACAGUUUAACACCGUGGGAAGAAAGAAAAGAUAUUGUCUUCGUAGGCCCACACUACACUUCACCUAGUGGUUUCGGUAGUAGUCUAACCGGCUAUCAUCUCAGAGUUGGUACAAUUCAUGAGCCACCAAUUGCCAUGAUGAGUGAUAGCUGCACUGAAAACCAGUUUUCUGACCCUGACUGCUGGUACGGGUGGUGUACAGACAUAAUCGAACGACUUUCAAAGGAUCUGAAUUUCACCUAUGAGUAUGUACGACCUCAUAAGAACAAAUAUGGUGCCUUCCAAAAGGACACAGGAGCUUGGAAUGGAAUGGUUAAAGACAUCAUCGAGUCAAGAAUUGACCUAACGACAGCUCUUGCUAUAAAUGCUGCGCGUUCUCAAGUCAUCGACUUCUCAUCUCCUUUCUUUGAAGACCAACUCGCAAUGGCUGUUUACCCAAAAUCAACACGGAGUUCUUCAAACAUGUUUUUCUUUCUAGAACCCUUCCAUCAAUCAGUUUGGGUAUCCAUCAUAGGACUGGUUGUACUAAUUACCUUGUUGACCAACUUUCUAAGUAAAUUUUCUCCAUUGGGAGACUUCGGGAAGAAGAUCCAUUCAAUGCAGGUAUGUUCUUGCGAGCAAUGCUUUCUUAGAAGGAAAGUGAAAGCUGAAAGGAUGUGUCGAUUUGCAGAUACAAAGACACACGAUUGCUUGGUUGACGAAGUUUUUGAUCAUGGAAAUACCCUCGACUUAAGUAAUUCAACAUGGCUGAUAGGAACAGGCUUUGUCCUACAAGGAACAGAUAAACUACCUACGGCGCCCUCCGGAAGAUUCCUUCUCUUCACUUGGUGGUUCUUCGUUAUGAUACUAACUUCAAUGUACACAGCCAAUCUGACAGCUCACCUGACCAUGAACUGGUCAGGUGCAAAUAUCUACAGUCUAGAAGACUUGCUGACUCAGAGAGAUUACUCCUGGGGCCUGUUGGCGGAUAGGAAAUAUGGGCAGUAUGAUGGCUGAUCAUCUGAACAAAAAGUACAAUGAAGUAGCACGGAAGGCAAGGAAAUUUGAACGUUUGGAUGAAGGGAUAGGAAUUGUAAAAGAAGGUGGGUUCGUCUUCAUUGACGAGUCAUCUGUCCUAGAAUUCAACCUAAAAGACGAUUGUAAUAAAACAAUUAUCAAGACAGGGAAGUUCAUAAACCACUGGGCAGUUGCAAUGCGAGCCAACUCCCCUUUUGCACCAAUAAUCAACAAGAAGUUUUUACAGUACCGUUCAGAAGGAUGGCUAACAUCAACGAUAGAGAAUUGGUAUUCAGCUGAUGGCAAGUCUUUUUGCAAAGACUCCCAGGAUUCUACUAGGUUUGAUAUUCAGGUGCUAUCUGGCCUUUUUCUCAUGUUGGGUGUCGGUAUUAUGAUUUCUCUCAUAGCGGUUGUCUUGGAAAUACUUCACGUGACUAGCAAAGAUAGCAGAAGGACCGGUGAUACCUUUUAUAGAUGUUUGAGAAAGCGUGUUGUCUCCAAAUACAUUGAAAUGAAAGAGGAGUGGUUUAAAGGAGAAGAUCUAAGAGUUUAAAUACAUCACCCAAGAUAAGGUAGGACAAUUAAAAGGCUGAGGUGAAACAAAGCUCAUACGGUGGAAAUUAGAAUGAACUUUGGGAAUCACGUGAUUCAUCUUAAACUCCGAUUUUUUGAAGUUUUUCUUUCAGGUCGAUAUUAUCAAGAUUCAAGAUACUUUAGUUCCUUUUUUUGGGUUAAACUUUUUAGGAAAAUUAUUUUCUUACUGUUUUUUAUAUUUUGAAUCUUAGGUUUCGCAUUACUAAUAUCUUUGAGGUAUUUUCUGUUUUCGGGUAGAAAUGUUUGGGCCAAUUUAUUUUUUACCUUCAAAAAUUUAUGAAAUUUCUGAUUUAAUCAAAUUCAUCACCUUAUAAUUUAUAUAUUGUUCAAGAUUCUGACUAUUUUCCCUAACAAUGUU